CUAAUCCAGGAGGAGCCCUGUCGAACGUCGACGAUCGAAGCCAUGGUACACUGGAUGAGUUAUUGAUCUAUCGCAGGCUCUCGCCGUGUUUUUUGCUGGUGAUGGGAUCGGAGUAGCAAUUCUGUCACCUUCGAUCGUUGUGCGGAAGCGCUUUUUCUGACCCAAACUUUGGCUAUGGGGACCCCCAUGAAGGGCACUCCCAAGGAGCACGGCUUCUACAUGCCUGCGGAAUGGGAGCUUCACGCGCAGACUUGGAUGGGAUGGCCGGAACGUGAAGAUAACUGGAGGGAGAAAGCAGUGCAUGCUCAGCGGGCAUUCGUGGAAGUGGCUACAGCGAUAUCGGAAUUUGAGCCUGUGACCGUAUGCGCUACUGGAUCCCAGUGGGAAGCUGCCCGCAGUCAGUUGCCACCAAACGUAAGGGUUCUGGAAAUGAGUAUGAACGACGCUUGGUUCCGAGACACUGGACCUACUUUUGUAGUGCUCGACAAUGUGGAGACUGAAACAGAAAGUAUCAGAGAAGUUGCAGGCGUCAGGUGGACUUUCAAUGCUUGGGGGGGAAAAGAAAAUGGAUGUUACGAUGAUUGGACCUUAGACGCGCUUGUUGCUCGGAAGAUCUUAGAUGCAGAGCGUGUUCCUCAAUUUUCGCAACAGUUUAUACUGGAGGGUGGCUCUAUUCACGUGGAUGGAGAAGGGACAUGUUUAACAACUGAAGAGUGCCUGCUUCAUCCCAAUCGAAACCCACAUCUGAAUCAAGGUGAAAUAGAGGAGCAGCUCAAGCUUUACCUGGGAGUCGAGAAGGUGAUUUGGCUGCCCCGUGGUCUUUACGGUGAUGAUGACACAAAUGGUCAUAUUGACAACAUGUGCUGCUUCGUCAAGCCUGGAGUAGUAUUGUUGCAUUGGGUUGAUGAUGAGAAUGAUCCUCAGCAUGAAAGGUCGGUGGAGGCUUUUAACGUUCUCUCUAAAGCCACAGAUGCCAAAGGACGUACAUUAGAAAUCUUAAAAAUUCAUGCUCCAGCCCCCCUCUAUUUCAAGCCUGAGGAAGUUUCUGGUCUGGUGCAAAAUAGUGCCGUGAUCAGGCAUGAAGGACAACGCCUGGCAUCGUCAUAUGUCAAUUUUUACAUUUGUAAUGGUGGAGUAAUUGCACCUGCAUUUGGAGAUUUAGCAGCUGACCAAGCAGCUGAGGAUGUUCUCCGAUCUGCAUUCCCCACACAUAAGGUUGUCAUGAUCCAACAUGCUCGGGAGAUACUCCUAGGUGGUGGCAAUAUCCACUGCAUCACGCAGCAGCAGCCUGCUGCAUUUUCUGCACUUCAUCCAUUACCAGAUGAUACUGUGGGUCGGAAGGGUGUAGAGGAUGGCAAGGCUGUAGAAGGUGCUUCUUUCCAAGAAUUCGCUCCAGCAGUUGGUGAAGGAUCUAGCACCACUGUGACAAAGACGUUGGUUGAUUCAUUGUUAACUGCCUCGAUGCUAAUGAGCUCCCAAAAAGGUUAAUUUUUCAGAAAUCUGAGCUUCUCACAGAAUAGUCUAGAUACGAAGUAGUCAUUUGCACUAGUUGUCACGCUGUAGAAUUGGAGACUUUCGAAUGGCAACUAUCACUUUGCAGAUUAUGCCCACUUGCAGCUUUCUAUUAUACCAUCUAUACUGCAUUACCACUAUAGGGAGUGUAUUAUCAUUUGUACAUCAAUUUUUACACAGCACGGAUUUGCUUGAUGUCAAAGACCGGCUGCGAGUAUAUACGCUCUGCUCCAAGUUCCCAAAUAUCAA